AGCGCCAUUUGCAUGCGUGUAAGGCAAGAUCGACGUCAUUGAAAUGAGCCUGUAUCACUUUUAACAUCUUUUAUUUAACUUUUUUGUUUAUUUUUUCUCUGAUCUGGCUUUUCCAUAAUGAGCACUAGACCUGUAAUAUUUAACCUGGUUAACUGCAUCAUUGGAGUGAGUGUUUUGGCGAUGCCCUUCUGCUUUCAAGAGUGUGGCAUUGUUCUUUGUGGCAUAGCUAUUAUCAGCAGCUCCUGGCUCACUAAGAAGUCCUGUGAACUGCUACUAAAAUCUGGUCAGGUGGCUCGAAGAAGAAAUUAUGAAGGGCUAGCAUUUUCUACUUACGGUGCUCCAGGCAAGUUGGCAGUUGAAGCAAGCAUCAUCGGUCUUCUUAUUGGAACUCUUAUAGCAUUCAAUGUAAUAAUUGGAGACUUGGUUCCUUCAAUAUUUCAAAAUUUAAGUGGAUUGCAGGUGUCCUGGACUAUCAGAGCCGUUCUUAUGACAGUUUUAGCAUUUUGUGUUGGUCUUCCUUUGUCAUUAAUGAGAAAUCUUCACAGCUUAGCUUCAUUCAGUGCUUGUUCUUUGAUAUUUUAUGCAGGAUUUGUGUUGCAGAUAUUGUUCAGUGCAUUGCCAAGAAUUUUGGAAGGAUCUUGGAUCUACAACUUGAAUUACUGGCAGCCAGAGAAUCUUCUUAAUUACCUGCCUAUCUUUGCCUUGGCCUUUGCCUGUCAAACGCAACUGUUUGCAUUGUAUGAAACCCUACCUGAGCCAUCAGUCAAGAAAAUGGAAAGUGUUGUCAAUACAGGGAUCAAUAUCGUGGCUUUGGUCUAUUUUUUGGUUGGAUUUUUUGGUUAUGUGUGUUUUUACAAUGUUGGCAUCAAGGGCGACAUCUUAACAAACUACGGAAACGCUUUUAUUUCACAUUUGAUUAAAUUAGGCUUUGUAAUGUCUGUUAUUGUCAGCUUUCCUCUGAUGGUUUAUCCUCUACGAGCAAGUUUGCAUUCUCUGAUAUUUCAGCAGCAGUCAGGCAGCUCAGAAAACUUACCAGGUGGUGCUGGUUUCAUUCCACAUGACAGAUUUACAUACCUGACUCUUGCUAUCAUUUCUGGCACUCUGACACUGGGAAUUCUCUUCCCACAAAUUGAAUUUGUACUGGCAUUGACUGGAGCAACAAUGGGUACCCUAAUAGCAUUUGUAUUUCCAUCAACCAUGUAUUUGCAUAUUGUGUCAGAGAAGACAACAGCAAGGCUUAUAGCAAAGCUUGUGCUAGUGUUGGGUUUAGUUUGCUUUGUGGCUGGCACAUAUACAGUACUGACAACUCAAGAGAGUGGUGAGCAUCAUCAGGUUGACAUCCAUCCACCAGGAAUUGAUCCUAUCAAGCCAGUAGUCUUCCAAGAUCCCUCAAACAAAGAAAAUGACACAAGCAUUCACAUUGGUAUUAGGGAAUCCCCAGUUGACAUUGAUGUUGCUAAGGUUGGUCUAGGAGCAGACAAAAUUGUCAACAAAGAUGAAAAAGUUGUUAACGAUGCAAAACUUGGCGAAGAAAAGCCUGGGAAUAUAAAACCCAUUGAUGCUGUUACAAAUGGAGGGGUGAGGAAGGCAGAGGAACCUGUUGAAGCAGUUGAAGGUGAGGUGAAGCGGCAAGAGCCUCCAGUUCCUCAUGCCCCUCAAGACAAAUCACCUGAUCAGAUACAAGGUGAGGAAGAACAUUUAAAGAAUGAAAAGCGGCAACUGAUGAGUAAAACAGAGGAUGAGAAAUCAACAAACUCUGACAAAUAUGAGAAAUUGAAUGCAGCUGCUGGGAAUGCUGAUAGCCCCAUUAAUAUCAAGGUCUCGGAACAUGAAAUUGAUGAGGAACUGAAGAAACUGGAGCAUACAGAUAAGGUUUCUUAAUAAAUCAGUUAGGGGAACAAGCUACCCUUUCGGUUAAAAUCCCAGUGUUUUUAAGAAUUGUCUGAAUCAAAUUGUUUUUGAGUCAGGUUGUUUAGUUAUCCUUGCUGCCCAACUGGGAUGGCAAGAUUGUCAGUGCUAGUCAUGUAUGUAGUCUUCGGGUUAUCUGGAUAGGUUUUGCCAAAAAGGUGCUUGUUCCCUUACUGAGAACUUUUCAGCAUGUAAAAGCAAAAUGCAGGCAGCUGUAUGCAUUCAGUAGUUGUUAUUUCAUUGCUGAUGCUACAAAAGCUGGAAAUCAGCUUUUGUAGCAUCACAGUUCUUCACUAAUGAACAUUUUCAACCUCCUGAUUAAGUAACGGAACACCCAGAUUGGUGGCCAAAGCUACAUUUAGAGUAAUUAAAUUUAAACACUUUUCUUGAAGUACUUUAAUCACAUAGUAAGAUGUUCUAUCUCAUCUACAAAUAAAAUAUAAUAUAAAUUAAUUAUUUUUAAUUAACAGUCUGUUGGUACAUGCAGUUUAUAAAAUUGUAGGUGCUUUGGUAGCAUAUAUAGGCGGAGGUUCCUAUUUUAAAUUCAUGCACUGUAAUGUUGAUCAUGAAUCUUUAUGGACUUGCAUGUAAGGUUCAUCAACAUUGUAGCAAAAACAAUCAAAUUAACUCAUCUGUAGGCAAGUAAAGAUCAUAGCUGUAAUACAGCCGCAGAUUUUUUUAGACUAAAAUUAAUGAUCAUGAAUGAACAGUUAAAAUUGUCAGUAUAAUAUCAAAAAUACAAUUCUUUAUAACCUUGCUUUUUAUAUUUAGCAUGUGGCUGAGUUAAUGCAGAAAACCAACUGAUAAGUUAACGGAAAGUUGCCUAAGAAAUCAAUAGAGUGUGGUUCUUUAGAAAGACUGCUCUAUAGAAAAGCACUACUGAAACUGAAGCCAUGCUUACGGUAGUCAGUUCUUGGUCUUGGAAUCUAGAACUAAUUUUUGUGAGACAUCCCUGAGAUCAUUAUAACCAAAUCCCCUUACAUUUAGUUGUUAAUCUGGCAAAGUUUAACUGUUGAUCUAAUAUACAUGUAUCAUCAAGACCAGUUACUAAAUUUUAAACCAAGAUUAAGAUGAAUGUUUUCCAGCUUAACCCUGGGCUGGCAACCUGGGCUUCAUAAAAACUUCAUAAAAUGGAUGACACUGCAGAUAGAACAUUCAGAUGAUUGUAGAUUACCUGUAGAUGCCAUCUUUAAACUUAUAAUAUCACUGAAUUAUUUUGUUUAGUACAAUAAAUUGAGGAACUGAAUUUUAAUUUAGUUAUGGCUAGUGUUUACAGUGCUGUGUGCUAGUUAAUGUAGUGGAAAAUAGUGAAGUACAGGAAUAAUAGUGAGGUAGUAACACAAAAUAUACUUAUGUAACAAAUACAACAAUAAAUGCUGCAACCAAAGGGUG